GCCGAGGAAGACGCCGUGGAAGACGAUCAAACCGCAGCUCUACUUGCUGGCUUCGAGAGCGAUGACGAUUCAGACGAUCCAAGUGAAGACUUGGACUUCGACGACGAUAUUCAGGUUCCCACACUUACCAAGAACCAACGGAAAGCGAUCGAGAAGGCAGGCCAAACCCCUCUGUCUAACACACCGGGAGUGGUCUAUGUUGGUCGUGUGCCGCGUGGUUUCUUCGAGACCCAGAUGAAGCAGUACUUCUCGCAGUUUGGCAAGGUAAACCACCUCCGCCUCUCCCGUAACAAGAAGACAGGCGCCUCCAAGCACUACGCCUUCGUCGAGUUCGCAUCCACCGAAGUUGCCGAUAUCGUCGCCCGAACCAUGGAUAACUACCUAAUGUUCGGUCACAUUCUCAAGUGCAAGCUCGUUCCUGCUGAUCAGGUCCAUCCUGACCUCUUCAAAGGCGCUGGUCAGCGCUUCAAGGUUGACCCUCGAAACAAGAAGGCGGGUCUUGAGAUGGAGCGUGGCGUCGAGCGCGCCCAAUGGGAGAAGCGCGUCGCCAAUGAGAACAAGAGGAGGACCGGGCGGAACAAGCAGCUGAAAGAAGAUUUUGGCUACGAGUACACUGGCCCGCAACUGAAGGCUGUCGAGGAUGUUCCGAAGCGGACGUCUACAUUAGAGACUGAAGAGCCUCAACAGCUCCUGGCUGAGACGCCUGCUGCAGAGCAACCGAAGGGUAAGAAGGGAAAGAAGGAAACGAAAUCCGAACAAAAGGUCCAAGCCAUCGAGGCUGUUGAGCCUAAACCGGCGAAGAAAGGCAAGAAGGCCACGAAGGGAAAGGUAGCAGAGGAGGCCAAUGGCGAGGUGGAGGCCGCUGCUGAGGUCGUUGAGCCUGUUGCAGACAGGAAGCGCAAGUCUGACGUCGCUCUCGAAGCUACCGCUGUAACCGAAGACAUUGUCACCGCUGAGCCCGCGGCCAAGAGCAAGAAGGCUAAAAAGGCCACCAAUGCUACUAUCGCUGAGGACGUGAAGGAGAAGGCGCCCAAGACAAAGCCAGAGCAGGAGGCUGUUGCUAAACCGAAGAGGGCAAAGAAAGCUAAGGCUUGA